GCGGUUGGCGGGGGCGCCCGGGCGGGUUCAUGUGGGGGGCGCUGCGGGCCGCGCUGCGGGCUGAGGGCCGGGGGGGUUGGCCCCUGCGCGCCGCCGUCUCUCGCCUCAUGGCCACCUCGAGUCCGGCGGCGGUGGCCCCCGGCUCCGCCACCACCGCCGGCAUCAUCAUCAUCGGCGACGAGAUCCUCAAGGGCCACACGCAGGAUACAAACUCCUUCUUCAUGUGCCGGCGACUGCGUGCUCUUGGCGUGAGGGUSGCCCGGAUCUCGGUGGUGCCCGAUGAGGUGGAGGCCAUUGCCAGUGAGGUGGCCACCUUUGCCUCUCACUUCACCUACGUGCUGACUUCCGGGGGCAUCGGCCCCACGCACGACGAUGUGACCUUCGAGGCCGUGGCUAAGGCUUUUGGGGAGAGGGUCGUCCCCCACCCCGAGCUAGUGGCCCUGGUGCACAAGUUYUUCGGCAAAACAGAGGCACAAUGCCCUGAGAUGAAGCUGGCUCGUGUCCCCGAGUCCUCCCACCUCAACUACGGCACGGACAGGCACACUGGCAACACCUUCAAGUACCCACUAGUCAGYGUGCGCAAUGUCUACAUCUUCCCUGGCAUCCCGGCACUGAUGGAGCGUGCYCUGGAUGGCCUUGCUCACCUGUUUCGCAGCGAGCAGACCCGCUUCCACUCCCGCACCAUCUAUGUGGCAGCUGAUGAGAUCCUCAUCACGCCCGUUCUGGACCGGGCUCACGCCACCUUCCGGGGCCGUGUCAGCUUGGGCUCCUACCCAGACUGGGACAGCAACUACUACCGUGUGAAGCUGACCCUGGACUCAGAGUCGGAGCAGGACCUGGAGGAAGCGUAUUGCUUCUUGACGAGGGAGCUGCCCUCGGGUGUUGCUGUGUCGUUGGUGACAGACUGCGUCUCUCAAGCGGCUGUGGAGGUUUAUGGCCUGGCUGAGUCAGGCUCGGCCCUGGGGCAGAAGGUGGCAGCAGCCCUGAAAACCAUUGAAGAGGCUUUGGACCAGUACAGCCUGGUCCAGCUCUGCGUGGGCUUCAACGGGGGCAAGGACUGCACAGCCCUGCUGCACCUCGUCCAUGCUGCCGUGCAGAGGCGAUUCCCAACGAGACAAGAGAAGCUACGGGUGCUCUACAUUCGCACUGUGUCCCCGUUCCCUGAAAUGGAGCAGUUCAUUCAGGCAACGGUGCAGAGGUACGGGGUCCAGCUCUGCACAGUGGAGGGCUCCAUCCGGGAGGCGCUGGCCCGCUUGAAGGAGCAGCAGCCACAGCUGGAGGCUGUCCUGAUGGGAACGCGGCGGACRGACCCUUACUCACGCACCUUGACCCCCAUGUGUCAGACAGAYCCUGACUGGCCCCCUUACAUGCGGGUGAACCCCUUGCUGGACUGGACCUACCGGGACAUCUGGGAGUUCCUGCGCAAGCUCUUUGUCCCCUACUGUAUCCUCUAUGACAAGGGCUACACGUCCCUGGGGAGCAUGGCCAACACACAGAAGAACCCAGCACUACGCUAUACUGAUGCUCGGGGCYGGGAGAGCUACCGACCUGCCUAUGAGCUGGAAAAUGAGGAAGAAGAGCGCACCUCUCGCCAGUGAAAGCCUCGCUCUCACUGGAAGGGAGAGCUCCRCUGGAAUGCUGCCAGAAAUUACACUGAAUAAAGUUG